AUGACUGGCAUGGAAAUGGCAAUGGCGCAGGGGCUGUCAGCUGUCGCAAACAGUCUAUCCAAAAUCCUGAUAGAAGAGUAUGCACUGUUGGGCAGCGGGACAAUUGGGCGCGUAGAAUGGAUUGAAAGAGAGCUGAGGUCAAUGCAUGGAUUGUUGGAACGGGUCGGGAAGGGCGGGUACGGCGAACAGGAACAAGAGUUGAAUGAGUGGGAAGAGAAAUUGAAUGAAAUAGCCCGUGAUGCAGAGGACCUCAUAGAAACUUUUGUGAUAAAAUCGGUGAAGCGGAGGAGGUGGGGGUUUCUGUAUUGGAUAGACAAACACAAGGUUGGGAAAGAGCUAGAGAAGAUUCGCAAAAGGAUGAGAGACAUGUCUCAGUCUGGAAUGAACUUAAAUACAAAUAUUGUGAGUGUCUCUAUUGAAACAAGUCGAGGAGGAGAAGCAUCAUCGUCCACCACCACAACCACCACAGUGGUAGUAGCUAUGGAGAAACUGGAUCACAUUCUGAAUCAAACUAUUAUAGUUACCGACCAAGAGGUGAUGGAAAUGGUGGAGCGAGUAAAAGAUGAAUUUGUGUACCUGCAAAAUAAUAUAGUGUCGUCUAAUUUGAAUUGGUCAACAAGUGAAAGAGGAAAUGUGUGGUUGGAAGAGGUGAAGGAACUAUGCAAUUAUACUGAAAGUGUUGUGGGUAAUUUCAUCCUUGUUAAGGAAAGACGGUCUAAAUUGGGUAGGCUUAAGAAGACCCUUUAUCUCCCAGCCGAUUAUGCUUCUGAAAAUGAACUUAAGAAGCAGCUGAAGUAUACCAGGUCUCGAAUAGGAGAUGCGAUGCACAGAUGUUUGACGUAUGAAGUUGGAGGACAAUUAGACAUGAGAGUGGGAUUAAAAAGAACAACUCCCGCACCAGACUUGUCACAAGAAAACUUGAUAAUUCUCUGUAUCAUGUUCCUUGUUGUUAUCAUUCUUUUCCACUUCAGGCCACCGUCCUUCUUGUUAAUAGUCUUUCUCUUUUUCAUAAUGUUUGAUGAAAGAGAAAAAAUAACAAAACGUAAGUCCAAGUCCAGUCUGAAGAAGAAGAACAACAAGAAAUGGAAGAGAAGGGAAAUAAUAAGACGGAUUAUGCGCUUUUUGUUUUCUACUGUAAUUUAUUUUCCGAUUUUCCACAUGUUUCAGUUUCACCCUGCUCUGGCAGCGUGCCUUUUCAUCUCGAGUUAUCCACUCAUUGAAAUUAUUACAUGGAGUCUCAAGAAGGACAAGAUAUGGAAGGGAAGAGAAAUAAUAAGACGCUUUCCACGCUUCUUGUUUUCCACUGUUAUUUAUUUACCGCUUUUCCUUCUGUUUCAGUUUCACCCUAUUCUGGCAUCGUUCCUUUUCAUCUUGGGUUAUUCAGUUAUUGAAGUUAUUGUGUGGGGUUUGAAGAAGAUGAAGAAACAGAAGGGAAGGGAAAUAAUAAUACGGUUUACACGCUUCUUGUUUUUCAACGUAAUUUUUGUACCGAUUAUCCUCCUGGGUGAGCGUUACUCUGUCGCAGCAACGCUCAUUUUAAUCUCGGGUUAUUCACUUAUUGAAGUUAUUGCAUGGAGUGUGAAUCUGCAGACAUCUAUAGACAGGAAUUUGAAGUAUACACGCAAAGUGUUUUCCGCUAUCAUUUAUUUACCGAUCAUCCGCCUGUUUCAGUCUCACCCAGUUCUGGCAACGUUCCUUUUCAUGUUGAGUUAUUCACUUAUUGAAGUUAUUGCGUGGAGUAGGAGUUUACGGAAGUCUAUGGACAAGAAUUUGAAGUGUGCGCAAAGAUAUUUAGCUCUAAUGCGUGCGUUUUUAAGUGAUACGACUGAGAGUACAGAAGGCCUAAAUAAGAUGCAGAGUGUGUGGGUAGGUCAACUGAAGGUCAUGUCUCAAUAUGGUCAAUCUCUUAUUGAUGCUUAUCCAAAAGAUAGGAAGGCCAUUUAUGGCAUUGCAAAUAUUCAAAGAACGCAACAAGAGCUUCUACCAUUAUUAACCCCAAUUAGCAGCAUUCAAGCGAGAGAUAUUGAGGAUGAAAUCAUUGUUGAACACGAUGAAAGUUCGGAUGUUAUGCCAGCCGCAGCUGCCUCCUCCUCGUAUCAGCCAGUCAUGGGGCUCAAAAUGAAGGUCCAAUUAAUCAGAGGGGAAAAGGAAUUAAUGGACGCAUUGCUUCUGGAUGCAAAUGGAAUGGGAGAACUAGAUGGAAGAUCCAGAAUCUGGGUGGAGCAAGUAAGAGGUAUUUCCCUUGAAGCUCAAUUUGUCCUUAACAAAUAUGAUGCCAAAUUGAAUCAUAAGCCAGUUCUCAUCUACAUUUGUAAGUACUGGACUCGACAUGUUGUUAGUAAGAAGAUAGAUGGUAUCAGAAACAAAAUUGAAGAUGCUUCUAGGAGAAGAAAAGCAUAUGGUUUAGUGCAAAUUCAAAGCCGAGUCGUAUCUAAGAUUCAAAUAUUACGUGCAAGGAUGCAACCGUAUCUCGCUACCAAGAAAUCCAGUGUGGUUGGAUUUGAUGAUGACACACAAGUUCUGAUGGCGGAGUUACUGUCGGACGAGAAAUGCCGCUGCAUUACUUGGAUUGUUGGAGUCGGAGGCACAGACCAGUUUGUUGCAGAAAUUGGCAAGGAGGCCGCCGAGAAAAUUACAGUAGAAGAAGAAAACAUGCCCACUGAUUACGUACUCACAACCUUGGCACACUCAAAGUACCUUAUAGUUGUUGAUGGCCUUAAAGAAACAUCCAAAGUAUACUUGGAUACCUUGAACAGGGUCAUACCUGAUAUGUUAACAGGAAGCAGAGUUCUUUUUACUACUCGCAAUGCAACAGUAGCCCAACAUGCAGCAGGUAGAAUCAUUCUUCACCCAUUACAGUUAUUAGAUGAUGAAACUAGUUGGCUGUUGUUCACAAGACAUUUGAAGGUCCCCAAGUCAGAAACAGAACUUAUCAAGGUUGGAAAAGAAAUUGUGAUGAAAUGUGGGGGACUGCCAUCACAAAUACUGAAAAUAAGUGAUUUGCUUUCACAUAAAGAUGUUACACAUGAGGAAUGGUUAAGCGUGCUAGGAGGGCAGCAGCUCAAUGAAAAUCAAAUACAAUGUUGGUCUGAAACGCUAGACACAAUUAAUACAAACUUACCUUAUUAUCUGAGAAGAUGUCUAUUUUACUUUGUGCUAUUCCCUGCUGAAUUUGGGAUCCCUGUCAGAAGGUUGGUUGUUUUGUGGGUUGCCGAGAGUCUAAUUCAUCAAGCAGAAGAUGACGAAGUGCCCCCGGAGCUCGUUGCAGAAAGGUACUUGACAGAGUUGAUAGAUCGGAACAUGGUCCAAGUAGCCAAGAGAAAGCGCAAUGGAAAGGUGAAAACAUGUCGUCUCCCUAGUGCUUUGCGGCAACUCUGGUUGUCAAAGGCUAACGACUCCAGAUUUCUACAAGGUCGCCGAUCUGCCAUGGAUUCAAGUGCAGACCCAAAAAAGUCCAUUAUUCGCCGGGUUGCAGAUCAUCUUGAUAAAGAUGAUAUCUGGAACGAUCACAUUCAUGGUGACAAUGCUGAUUCAACUUCCUUUCAAAGCUAUUACAAGGACGUUCUCUCCUUUCAUUCCUUUGAUAGUCAAGAGGGGAGUAAACCUGGAAAACAAGUAGGUAACUUUCUCAAGGGAUGUAUUUCAAGUGAUUGCUUUUUACUCCUUCUGGUGCUUGAUCUUGAACGCGUUUACAAGCCCAACUUGCCUAAGCGCAUAUCAAGACUUACCCGGCUAAGGUAUCUUGGCUUGAGAUGGACCUACUUAGAGUCACUUCCAUCAUCUAUAAGCAAGUUGUUGAAGCUGCAAACACUUGACCUCAAACAUACUUACAUACAUACUCUUCCUACCUCAAUUUGGAAGAUGGAACUCAGACACUUGUUCUUGAGUGAGACUUACCGCACCAGAUUUCCACCUCAACCAAAAGGUAAUUCUCUAUCUGACCUCCAAACAUUGUGGGGACUGUUUGUGGAUGAGGAGACUCCAGUGAAGGGUGGGUUGGACAAAUUGGUCAAUAUAACAAAGUUGGGAUUAGCAUGCCAAUCAAUGUCACUAAACCAAGAGCCGAUGAUAGCUCAACUUGAGACAGUAUCUGACUGGAUUACAAAAUUAGAAUACCUUCAAUCGCUGAAACUGAAAUCUAGAGAUGAAAAAGGUCGACCUUGGACUUUACACAUGAAAUCUUUCGAAAAUAAUGCAUAUCUCACGGACAUGUAUUUGCUGGGAAGCUUGAGCAGUUCAUCUAUUGUGUCCCAAUUUCCACUAAGCCUAGUUGAACUUACCCUAUCACAUUCAAAACUACAGGAUGAUCCCAUGAUACUUUUGAAAGAUUUUCCAAAUCUUCAAACACUGUGUUUACUUGCAGAGUCAUACACGGGAACAACUAUGGUUUGCAAAUCUUAUAGCUUUCCGCAGCUUCAUGUAUUAAAAGUUUGGAAGCUGGAGCAAUUAGAGGAAUGGAAGAUAGAGCCAGAAGCACUCCCUUGUCUCAGACAACUCGAAAUCAGAUCCUGUUGCCAUCUGAAAACGCUUCCUUAUGGACUAAAGCAUAUCAGCAUUCUGCUAGAAUAUAUUUCCCCCAUUGCACAGCACGCGAGCAUUUGGAAUUUAUCUACUGUGGCUUGUUCUGAAGGAAGGAUUGCAUAUCUACAAACUUAG